AGAAGAAGAAGAACAAGGAAGAGAAGGGGAUAUGGAGACCGAUGCUUCUACCGGAGCUGGGCCAAGUUCCCUUGACGUCUCUGCCGAUGAUAUCCCGAGACCUCCCGGCGUUCAUGCUCCGAAUGAAGAGGGAAGUAGAGGGAAGAGGAGGGAAAGAAUUGAGACUUCACCGGAAUCUGAGGAUCCUACCCUGUCGAGCGAACCUAGUAUGAUUUCGUCUUCGGGUGUCGAUAGGGCGUUCUCGGCGGAUGAUUUCAAUGCUUCGAAUUGGGCCGUGUAUGGAGACGACCUACCGGAUGAUUACCGUGACGCUGAUACCGACGAAAUCGACGAGGAAGAUGAGGAAGAUGACGACGUGUACAACGACGAGUACCUGGCUGACGGAGAGCCGGACUUCAAUAACAGCGAAGCAUCAGAUCCGUCCGGCCAAGGCGACUACCCACCGAACCCCCCACCGAACCUCCCACUGCGGCCGCUCGUAGCACGUCACAUUCCCGUUGACGGAACAUCGGAGACCGAAGUCGGGAUCGACAUAGUGAACGAAGAUCCAGAGUAUACUGCGUUCAACCCCGGACCAGCCCUUCAUGACAGUACUAUCCCACUUCCGAAUUCUUCCCGCUUUCACCCCAGGCUGUUAGAUACUAUGAAUUCACCCUCUUCGUCUCGGAUGGCUAUCCUAAACGACCGCGAUGUGGUGGCGGCUACGCUCGGGCACAUCGAUCAUCGAUAUGUCGGGAUGAAUCGGUAUCUUGGACGCAGUGCGGUGUCUCUGAGUCAGGACGAUGCUAUGGACUCGAGCUACCGGAGGUGGAGCAGUGCGACGGCGCCGGCAGGGAACGAUAUUGACGACUCAUCAGACGAUUCGUUCAGUGGGUUCCAAUUGCCGGCCGACACCAUUGCCGAGCUGGAGGAGAGAAAGCGGAGGAGACAGGCGGAGGCGGCGAAGAGGACUAUUCGCUAGGGUGG